AUGUAAAAUUAAUACUUUGUUAAAGGUUUAGGAUUUGCUUAAAGAUAGGAGCCCCAAGAAACAAGAUCAUAUGGGCGAAUAAAAAAGACUCCUUAUUCAGCUUAUAAUAACAGAAGUUACAAUUCAGUACGUGGAUAUUUUUUAAUUUAGCAUUAUCGUGAUCUCAGGAUUUGUAAUGAUCGCUUUAAGAGAUUAAUACAUAUAGUCAAUAAUGCAAUUAAAAAUUAAGCAGCUACUAUGUUUAAAUAUUUAAGGUGUAUUUAAUUUUUAAAGAUAGCAUUUAUGUUCAAAAUAAAUAGUAAGAAGAGAUUAAAGCAUAAUAAAGAGUUAUUUAGGAAGGACUAUUAAGAUUUUAGCAUGCAAUAUCAUUAUACAAUUAGCGAUUAAAAUGUUUAGGCUUUUUUCGUCUAGCAAAGGUUGAUGUGGUAUCACAUUUGAAAAAAGAAUUAAGAAAUUAAAUAUCAUAAAAUUAAUAACCAAUUACCCAUUAAAUCUUCAAGAAAUGGAUGUAAUUAACCUUUGAAUCUAAAUUCAAUAAACUAUUAAAAUAAUAGAAAUUGAAUAUGAUAGGUUUUUAUAAAUUUACUCUAAAUAAAAUACUAACUAAACAAGAAUGUUUAAAAGCAUGGAGUUUCAAUAAAUUAAAAACUUCACAUAGAAAAUAAAUUAUAAAUAAAUUAAUAACUAACUUAGGUUUAUAGAUAUUGAGAUUGAGUUUAUUUGAUUCCGAAUAAGGCACCUAUUAAUAUUUAAAGAAGCCUAAAAAUUUAGAAAAAAUAAUUGCAUUUUAAAAGUUAAAGCAUUAUUAAUAUUUUAAUUCUAAUCAGCAUUAUUUUAUAUUAAUCUUCACUAAUACCAUCAGUAACAUCAUUAAAUUACAUAAGAUAGUAAAUUAAAUGCAUUGAGAACUUUGUUCAUAUAAUCCAUUAGGAUAAUAGAUAAAGAAGCUGAUAAUACAGUACCUAAAGAGUAAUUACAAUAAUUUGACAUUGAAUUAGCUAGAUAAUCUGUGCACUCUAAAUUAGAGCAUUAAAAAGUGUUAUAAAGAUAGUUAAAACAAAUAGAUUAAAAAUCUCAUAGAGGCAUAUGUGAAAUGAUAAAAUAUCUAGUAAAUAAACAACUCUAUAAAAUAUUUUAUUAAAUAAAAGGAUUGAAAUAGGUUUAAGACACAGAAGUAUAAGAUGGGACAGUUAAAAAUUUAGUAAAAUGUGAUUUUUAUUCAAGAGUGUUAUAGCAGCUAGACUAAGUUAAAAAAUAAAAGCAAAAAAUGGAAAAUCAUAGAAACUUGAGAUAAUUUAUCGUUUAGAAUAGAUUUUUCGAAGAAAUUAUCAUAAUGAAUAAGAAAUACUUAGAAAUAAAUUUAGAUAAUGGUAAAUUAAUGUAACUUUUCCUAUUUCUAUGUAUCAUGAUUUUGAAAUCAGAUUGAGAGUUUUAAGAAAUGAAAAGGUUUAUUUAUAAUAAUAUUAAAUAAUAGGAAGCAAUUAUGAGUGAUAUUGAAUAAUUAGAAGUUCUUAAUAAUGAAUUACUUAUUACAAUGAAUUAAGUCAAAAAAACAUUUUUAUCUGAAGAAUCUAAUUUUAAUACUUCUCAUAAAAAUGAAUAAAAAUAAAUAGAAAUAUAACGAUUUGAUAUUUAAGAAAAUUUAACAUCAUAAAAAGAAUUCAAGAUAGCUUUUGAAUAUGUAGAUUAUUUAAAAGAAGAUGUACAUUUUAAUAUAUAAUAUAGAAUAUUAAUUUAAAGAAAUAAGCUCAAAAGAAUGAAUAAUUGAUGCUCGAAGAAAUCUAAUAAUUGGAAUAAUAAUUAUAAGUAUUAAAAUCAUUUAUAUUAUUUACUUAGGAACUAUAAAAAGAAUUAGACAGUUGAAUCUUGCUUCAAUUUAUUUUUUAUAUUUGUCAAUUACAACUUAUUUAUUAAAUUUAAUGUUCAAUUUUUGAAAUCUGAUUAUAAAUAUUUUAUGUAGUAAAACAGAAACUAGUAGAGUACUUAAAAUAUAUCAAAAUCACUUCGACCUUCAUCUAGAAGAGUUGUCAAACCAGAAAUACAUCUAAAUACUAAUUUCAAGUCUUUAACUAAUAUACCUUAAUUAACUACCAGAAUAUAAGAAAAGUAGUUUUAAAUAAAACAUAGUUUCAAUGAAAUUAAUAAUGAAACAUCAAUUAAAAGAUCUAAUUAUCAUUCUAUCUUAAAUGAAAAAAAAAUUUCUUUAAUAAGUAACACUGAUCGAGAUUCUGAUCAUAAUUUUAGAUUUAAAGAAUUCAAAUUGAAUAAUUUAGAUAAAAGUUAACCUAAAGGAAUAUUAAAAUCCAUUAAUUCUAAAAGUAAAGAUCAUUCUAAUAAUGAUCUGAAUGAAAUUCAUGAAAAUGAAGAAGAAAAAUCAAUUCUUACUAAAAGAAUUAAAUUUUCAAGCUUAAAACCAAUCAAAAAUUCAUUUGUCUAAGUGAGUCCAGAUUUUAUUUAGAAACUCUCUCCUAAAAGAGUCUCUUUUAAUACAUAAGUACAUAUUAAAGUAAUAGAAGAGAAAUUUUAAUUUAAACCAAAACGAUAUGUAUUGGCUGAUCUUAUUGAUAAUAUUUGA